CCAUUGUCAUGAACUGCCCAACCUGCCCGUUGUCGGGACGCUUUUCCUCUUUCGGAAGCGGCCUCCUUUCCCCACCUAUUUCUCUCUCUUUCCCCACCUUUGGCUCUUUUGACUAAGUUCCCUUUUAGUGUGCUUGAGUUAUUUUCUUAUUUCCCCCUUCUGUUCUUCGGCAAUUUGUUAUAUCGAUCCUUUUUUCCUCCGUUUUUGCUAUUUUUGUGAUUUGGGUAUUGGUUCCUGUAAUCCACCGGUUGAAAUUUGUUGUUAAUGAGCUGAUUUUUUCAAGUGGGGUUUCCAUAAAAGGCGAGGUUUCUGGGUUAUGAGGUAUUGAAAUCUGUUUUUAAGACACUAGACGAUAUGGGUUUGGCACCUAAUGGCUCGAAGGUCGAGACGUGGAUUGAGGGCAAGUCAAGAACAGCUAGCGAGAAGAAGAAGAAGAAGAAGAAGAAGAAGGAAAACGAGUUGGAGAAGGAGGAGACUGGAUGUUGGGUUAGGUUGAAGUUCAUUAGGAGUUGCAUUCCUUCUAGAUCAAAGGUUGAUAGUUCUUUAAGUGGAUCAAAGGUCGAUAGCUUCAUUAGUGGCACCACUACCCAUUGCGAUAGUAAAUCUAAACUCGAUGAAAAGAAAGUUAUUCUGUUUACUGCAUUGGGGUCAUCAGCGACAACUGAUAAUGCUGAAAGUAGCUCGUCCACGCCCAAGCUUAGUGCCGAGCUGAAGGUUGCUUCUCGGCUUCGUAAGUUCACUUUUAAUGAGCUUAAGUUAGCCACAAGAAAUUUCAGACCUGAGAGCCUUCUUGGCGAGGGGGGUUUUGGUUGUGUUUUCAAAGGAUGGAUUGAGGAGAAUGGAACUGCUCCUGCUAAACCGGGAACUGGGCUUACAGUUGCAGUCAAGACUCUUAAUCAUGACGGUCUACAAGGUCAUAAAGAGUGGAUGGCUGAAGUUAACUUCCUUGGUGAUCUCAACCAUUCUAAUCUUGUGAGAUUGAUUGGUUGCUGCAUUGAAGAUGAUCAAAGGUUAUUAGUUUACGAGUUCAUGCCUCGUGGAAGUUUGGAGAACCACCUCUUCAGAAAAGGGCCCUUGCCACUUCCUUGGUCCAUUAGAAUGAAGAUUGCACUUGGUGCUGCUAAAGGCCUUGCUUUUCUUCAUGAAGAAGCUGGAAGACCGGUGAUAUAUCGCGAUUUUAAAACGUCUAAUAUUUUAUUAGAUGCGGAUUACAACGCUAAACUCUCGGAUUUUGGACUUGCAAAAGAUGGUCCUGAGGGUGACAAAACUCAUGUUUCAACUCGGGUUAUGGGAACCUAUGGUUACGCAGCUCCAGAAUAUGUGAUGACUGGGCAUUUGACAUCAAAAAGCGAUGUGUACAGUUUUGGAGUUGUCUUGCUCGAAAUGCUAACGGGUCGAAGAUCAAUGGAUAAAAAUAGACCGAAUGGGGAGCACAACCUUGUGGAAUGGGCUAGACCCCUACUUGUAGACAAGAGGAAGUUCUACCGGCUGAUAGAUCCCCGCCUUGAAUGUCACUUCUCGAUCAAAGGUGCACAAAAAGCUGCGGAACUUGCAGCUCACUGCCUUAGUAGAGAUCCUAAAGUCAGACCUGUGAUGAGUGAAGUGGUUGAAACUUUAAAACCUUUGCCAAACCUCAAGGACAUGGCUAGUUCUUCCUAUUACUUCCAAACCAUGCAAGCAGACCGUGCCAGGUCCAAUCCCAAUGCUAAAAGUGUCGUUCGUACCCAGUCGAUGUUGGUGGCAAGGAACGGGCAGCACAUUAGAAGCUUAUCAAGUCCAAAUGGUCCUCAUGCUUCUCCAUAUAAUUAUCCUCAGCAGUCACCAAAACCUGACAGGAGACAACCCCAAUAACCAACUCGAGCUAGUGCCUUGAAUCUAACACUUAUUUGUUAAAGCAUAAUCAAAGUCAAUUAGCACAUAGGAUGGUUUAGCCUCUUGUCUAUACAGUUGACUUUAUGUUCAUAUUAGAGCCUUGAAAAGACUUCUUCCCUUUUGUCCAUCUAUUCUUUCCUUUUUCGUUUUUUAGAGUUUGGGUGGGAUAUGGAGGAGAGGAGAUAGGAGAUGAAGUGAAAGGAAGGUUGAUUUGGACUGUGUUUUUAUGCCAUUGAUUGAGAGUUGAAGUGAUGAAAGAAGUAGAUAAGAAAAAGAGAACAAUGGUAGAUUUGAACAGCGUUUUGUCUUAUUAUGAAGCUAAUCUGUAAAUCCUAUUUGUUUGCUGUAACUAUCAUCAAUCAGUUGUGUUCGUGAUUUCAUUUUUCGUAUCAAUGUUAUAUUGACUCGAGAUGAAGUUCGAUAC